AUGCAGAGUAGUACGCCAUCAUACAUCCAUUCCACGUUACCGUGUGAUGUGCCUCUGUACGUACACGAGCUGAUUGCAGAGAGACUGCCGGCGCUGACAGAGCACUUUAAAGCCAAUGACGUGGACAUUGGACCUCUCAUCACACCAUGGCUACUCACCGUGUUUGUUAUUGACACACGUACACAUGUGAUGUUUCGCAUAUGGGACGCGUUCUUGCUGGAGGGCGUGAAAGUGCUGAUCCGAGUGGUACUUGCCAUCUUCACUAUUCACGAGCAACACCUGCUGACUGUCACAGGCAGCGACGACCUCUUUGUCAGGAUCAAGCAAUUGCCAGGCGAAACAACAGAUGGAGAUGAGCUCAUGCAGGUCGCAUUCGGACUCAAGAAGUUCAAAUGGCAACAUAUCCAACAGAAAAGGAUAACUCUGUUUCAGCAGUGGUCACAAUAAACACAUACACGUACACAUCC